AUGCCGCUGCCGGUUCAGGUGUUUAACUUACAGGGGGCGGUGGAGCCCAUGCAGAUCGACGUGGACCCCCAGGAGGACCCGCAGAAUGCGCCCGAUGUCAACUACGUGGUGGAGAACCCCACCCUGGACCUGGAGCAGUAUGCCGCCAGCUACAGCGGCCUGAUGCGCAUCGAGCGGCUGCAGUUCAUUGCUGACCACUGCCCCCCGCUGCGGGUGGAGGCCCUGAAGAUGGCCCUGUCCUUCGUGCAGAGGACCUUCAACGUGGACGUGUACGAGGAGAUUCACCGCAAGCUCUCGGAGGCCACCAGGGACCUGCAGAGCACGCCGGACGCCAUCCCGGAGAGCGGCGUGGAGCCCCCGCCCCUGGACACGGCCUGGGUGGAGGCCACGCGGAAGAAGGCCCUGCUGAAGUUGGAGAAGCUGGACACGGACCUGAAGAACUACAAGGGCAACUCCAUUAAGGAGAGCAUCAGGCGCGGCCAUGACGACCUGGGCGACCACUACCUGGACUGCGGGGACCUCAGCAACGCCCUCAAGUGUUACUCCCGGGCCCGGGACUACUGCACGAGCGCCAAGCACGUCAUCAACAUGUGCCUCAACGUCAUCAAGGUCAGCGUCUACUUGCAGAAUUGGUCUCACGUGCUGAGCUACGUCAGCAAGGCCGAGUCCACUCCCGAGAUUGCAGAGCAGCGAGGGGAGCGCGACAGCCAGACCCAGGCCAUCCUCACCAAGCUCAAGUGUGCCGCAGGGCUGGCCGAGCUGGCCGCGCGCAAGUACAAGCAGGCGGCCAAGUGCUUCCUGCUGGCCUCCUUCGACCACUGCGACUUCCCCGAGCUGCUGUCCCCCAGUAACGUGGCCGUGUACGGCGGCCUCUGCGCCUUGGCCACCUUCGACCGGCAGGAGCUGCAGCGCAACGUCAUCUCCAGCAGCUCCUUCAAGCUGUUCCUGGAGCUGGAGCCCCAGGUCCGCGACAUCAUCUUCAAGUUCUACGAGUCCAAGUACGCCUCGUGCCUGAAGAUGCUGGACGAGAUGAAGGACAACCUGCUCCUGGACAUGUACCUGGCUCCCCACGUGCGGACCCUGUACACCCAGAUCCGCAACCGCGCCCUCAUCCAGUAUUUCAGCCCCUACGUGUCUGCCGACAUGCGCCGGAUGGCCACUGCCUUCAACACCACCGUGGCCGCUCUGGAGGACGAGCUGACGCAGCUCAUCCUGGAGGGGCUCAUCAACGCCCGCAUCGACUCCCACAGCAAGAUCCUGCACGCCCGCGACGUGGACCAGCGCAGCACCACCUUCGAGAAGUCCCUGCUCAUGGGCAAGGAGUUCCAGCGCCGCGCCAAGGCCAUGAUCCUGCGGGCGGCCGUGCUGCGCAACCAGAUCCACGUCAAGUCCCCUCCGCGGGAAGGGAGCCAGGGGGAGCUGACGCCGGCCAACAGCCAGUCCCGGAUGAGCACCAACAUGUGA